CAACGACGCGACCUGCUUCAACCCACCUAAUCCCCUAUCCCAGCACGUUAGUCAAGCGCACAUACAAUGCGACUCGGUGAUUUCUCUGCAUCAGUAAUCGUUGACGGCAGUCCUCUGGAAGAAUACGAUGUUGUGGUGGGCGAAGACGAACAGGAGAUCACAUGUUAUAUCCCCUCCAACACUGGAAAGAAAUUCUCCGUCAAAUGGACGGAUUGGGUGUGGGAGCGGGGUCUUGACAGCUGUGGCUAUGUGUCGGUGGAUGGGCUUAAGUGCAUAGGGAGAGUUCUCGACACGACGAAAGAGAGCACCGCCGAGCGCUCAGAGUUUCAUAUAGACGAGGAAACUGCUCGAGAUUUGAUGUUUUCUGACCUGAAGCUAACGGACGAUGAUUCAUACCUUCGCACGCCUGGACUGGAGAAACUUGGAGAAAUCUCGAUUGAGAUCUGGCGUGGAAAAUGUAUGGGGCCAGGUGCAUCCAGAUUUAUAUUUAGAAAAGCUCCUAGCGAUGAUCGCAUUGUUCAUGAGCGGACCAAGAAAGCGAUGGUGCACUGUGUUAGCUUUGCCGAGGAGAGGAAGUUGUUAUAUCCAAUCCACCCCAUCCACUUUCACUUCUUAGGAUCUCACCCAGUUGCACGCUUUAUCUUCAAGUAUAAGCCACUAGCGUCGACAGCGGUUCUGCAGGCACAGGGUAUCGCACUGUCACCCAUCGCAAGCCAUUCGCCCACGAGUGAGCGCGUUAACUUCGCUCCAGUAAUCCUCGAUAUGAACACACGAAAAGGGACAAUCUCCAGUCGUAGACACGUUAGCGCUCGUAUCCGUGCUUUGGAGCUCGAGGUCUCAAGACUGCAGAGAAAACGCUCUUCCCAUACUGCAGUUUCUGUGAGGUCAGAUGAACGCCCCGCAAAACGGAUCAAGUACGAGGGCUUACUCAAAUUAUCCGCGUUAGCACACAGGAAGAGUAGUGCAAGGCCACAGCCAAAGGCUUUUGGUCCAUUGGCGCUGACCGUUCACCUUAAUCUGAAUCCUCUUAUGCGCGUCGGAGACUUCUCUGCAUGUAUUGUUGUCGAUGGGAGCCCUCUGGAUGAAUACAAUGUGAUGGUGGACCAAGCGAAGCUGAAUGCCACUUGCUGGAUACCUUCCCAGUCUGGAAAGAACUUCACUGUUCGGUGGACAUGCUUGUUACGGGAGAGACCCUACGAUUCCAGUGGGCGUGUAUCCGUGGACGGUGGCCCGAUGCGACGUACGGACACGAAAGAGCGCUCUGGGGUGGAGGUGGGCAGGUGGAAUACGCGGGACUUCAUGUUCUCGGACGUAAGGUUAACGGAUGAUGAGACACAUUUUCAUACACGUGGAAUCGAGAGACUUGGAGAGAUUUCCCUCCUAAUUGAGCGAGGUCGCGUCGGAGCCUGGACGGAAUACCGAGAAGUGCAGGCUGGCGCGAGAGAUGGAUGCACCGUCCACGAGCGAUCAAAGAAAGCUGUUGUACAUUGCGUUGGAUUUGGCGAAGUACGGUAUUCCUCGAGACCAGUUCGCCCACGCCGCUUUUUCUCGACUUACCCCGAAGUCAAGUUCCUCUUCAAAUAUGGACCUUUGCCCGUUCUUCAAGCGCAGGGCAUUGCCCCUCCCUCAGUGCAAAAAAGUCAGGAAGGGGGACCUCAAGAACUUGAGGCUAGCGUCGGUGGAACCUCAGGAUCUGGACUUCCUACAACCGAAUCCACGCAGGUUUCGAAAGCAGUCGAAAAUACUGUUCGCAGAGAGUCCGACCGUUCAGUUUCAAUAGAUUCAAAUGUCACGAUCAUCAAUGCUCGUAUCAACGCUUUAGAGGUUGAACUUACCCAGAUCCGGGAAGCAAGAGCUCGGGCUGCCGGGAGUGCUACUGUUGCUAAGUCGGACCCCGACGAACGACCUCAUUAA